AUGAGUCCGCAGCAGAUCAGCAACCACACCGCGUACCUGCUUCCUCUGAAGGACGAUGGCUCCCCGGACCUGCCAGGCUCUCCGCCCUACAUCUACCUCGCCCCACCGACGAAGCCCGCCUACUGCGUCCGCUUCCAGAUCGAAGGCACGAGCUCCAUAUGUCGCGAAGGCAGUCUCUGGGUGAACAUCCCGCCCAAGGGAGAGAGCUUCGAUCGCAAGACCUUCCACCAGUACAAACUCAAUCCGAGCUUCAGCAAGUCCAUCGACAUCGAUAUCCCAAUCCACUGUGCCGGUGCCUUUGAGUUCUACUGCACCUACACUCCGCUCCCACCUUUCACCACGGCCGACGUUGCCACGCCGCAGCCGACUCGCACGGAAACCUUCUACAUCGAUGUCUCGCCGUCGCUGCACGCCGACGAUGCUCCGCUCCCGCUCGAUGCCAUCUCCAUCAUAUCCGUCCUGUCCAAGUUCAUGGGCAAGUUCCCCACCGACUUCUACCGCCAUCUGCGUGGUAUCAGCGAAAGAGGCUACAACAUGGUCCAUUUCACGCCUCUCAUGGAGCGUGGAGACAGCAACUCGCCAUAUUCCAUCUACGAUCAGCACAAAUUUGAUCCUCACAUUUUCACCAAUGGCGAGAAGGACAUCGUCGAUCUCGUGUCGAACAUGGAACACCAGUACGGCCUUCUUAGUCUGACGGACGUGGUCUGGAACCAUACCGCAAACAACAGCAAGUGGCUCGAGGAGCACCCGGAGUCGGGCUAUAAUAUCAAUACAGCCCCGCAUCUGCGACCUGCCUACGAGCUCGACAGUGCUCUCUUGCAGUACUCCUCUCGACUGAAGUCUCUCGGUCUGCCAACCCAUCUCACUGGAACCGACGAUCUCCUCAAGAUCAUGGACGGCAUCAAGAUUCACGUCAUCGGCGCCAUCAAGCUGUGGGAGUUCUACGUUUGCGAUGUCGACAAGAAUACCACCCAAAUCGUGUCUGCGUGGACCGAUAACGAUGUCGACUGGAAUGUCGACGUGCCCGAGAACAUCGCGGAUUGGUCAUUGAAGGACAAGGCCAACUGGCUCCGCGAGAAGUGUUGUCUGGGCACAGAUCGUAUGGGCGAGCGCUUCCGCAGGAAAGUUGUUCCUCAGCGAGGUGCUGCCCUUCUGGCCAAGCUCUUUGGCAAGUACAAUAUCCACGGCAACGGUGCCGGCGAUGAGCGGACAGCUUACGGCACGAUCCACGCGUUCCUCAACGAGCUCAACCUCGACUGGUACAAGGAAUACGAUGCCGACGUUGCAGCCCUCAUGGAGCAGAUCUUCAACCGCACCAAGUAUAUCAGACUUGAUGACAACGGGCCAAAGAUUGGCGACAUCACACUCGAGAAUCCUCUCAUUGAGUCCUACUUCACCCGCCUGCCAUACAACGACACCACUGCCAAGCACGACCCAGACUCGCUUGCCCUGGCGAACAAUGGUUGGGUCUGGGCUGCCGAUGUGAUGCGUGACAACGCAGGCCCCAAGUCCAAGGUCUACCUUCGCCGUGAGCUCAUUGUCUGGGGUGAUUGCGUCAAGCUGCGAUACGGCUCUGGCCCACAGGACAGUCCUUUCUUGUGGCAAUUCAUGACCGAGUACACGCAGCUCAUGGCCAAGUACUUCCACGGCUUCCGCAUCGACAACUGCCACUCGACGCCGCUUCACGUCGCCUCGCACAUGCUCGACGCUGCUCGUCACGUCCGAUCAAACCUCGUGGUUGCCGCAGAGCUGUUCAGUGGUGAUGAGAAGAUGGACUUUCUCUACUGUCAGAAGCUUGGCAUCAGUUUCCUCAUUCGAGAAGCCAUGCAAGUCUGGUCGACCGCCGAGAUGUCCCGACUUGUGCACAUCAACUGCGGAAGACCUAUUGGAUCGUUCGAAGUUGAUGACAUCUCUAGCACGGACAAGCCAUCAUCAUCCAACGGCAGCCUGACUAAUGGCAGCGCUCCACAUGGACGUGAAAUCAUUCACAAGAUCGUGCCCUCCAAGAUUCACGCUCUCCUCAUGGAUUGCACUCACGACAACGAGACUCCUGUCCAGCGUCGCGAUGGUCGCGACACUCUUCCCAACUCGGCCCUUGUCGCCAUGUGCGCUUCUGCUUCUGGGUCUGUCUUCGGCAUGGAUGAGCUGUACCCACAACUCAUCGAGCUCGUCCACGAGAAGCGUCAAUACACUUCUCCCUACAGCAAUCUCCAACAAGGCCAGGCCAUGAAGAUUGGACCGAGCGAGGGUACUGGUGGCGUCAAGCGCUUGAUGAACCAACUCCACGUCAUCAUGGGCAAGGACAAGUACGAUGAGUGUUUCGUGCAUCACGACGGCGAAUACAUAACAGUGCACCGUGUGCAUCCGAAGUCUCGGAAAGGCUACUAUCUCAUCGCCCACACGGCCUUCCCAGGCUACGGCAAUGACAAGGCUGGUUUCCCAUCGCAGUGGCUUACUGGGACCAAGGCGAGGCUUUUGGGAGCCUGGAACCUUGAGUGCGACCAAACCUGGGAAGCGAAGCAGGCCGCCAUCAAUGACAAGGUGCUGCGUGGUAUUCCCAGCAAGACCAAGGAUCUCCGAGGUGUGACUGUUGAGCAACGCGGCGGUGAUACUGUCAUUACUGUGCCCGACCACUUCCCACCGGGCUCUAUCGCGGUCUUUGAGACUUGGAUCCCUGGUGCUGAGCAUAGCGAAGGCCUCGACAAAUACCUGACGUCCGGCGCACGCCAAGCGUUUGAGAAGUGCAGCCUCAACGACAUCAAUGCGAUCAUGUACCGCGCCGAUUCCGAAGAGCGUACCAUGUCUGGUGGAGCUGACGGCGUGUACUCGAUCCCCGGCAUAGGGAGCCUGGUAUACUGUGGUCUGCAAGGCUGGUGGUCAGUCCUGCGCGAGGUCGUCGACCACAACGACCUUGGCCAUCCCAUCUGCAAUCAUCUUCGCGAAGGUCAAUGGGCGCUGGACUACAUCGUCAAUCGACUCGACAAGCUCGCACAACGCAAAGAUGGAAUCUACAGGGGCGUUACUCCCGUCGCUGAGUGGCUUCGUUCACGCUUUGAUGCCAUCCGCAAUGUGCCGAGCUUCCUCUUGCCGCGCUGCUUUGCUUUGGUCGUCCGCACCGCGAAGAAGGCAGCACACGAACGUGCGAUCGAGCAGAUGCAUCCCAUCGUACAGCACGGUCAGCGUUUCCUCAAAUCCUUGGCAAUGGUCUCCUGCCAGGUCCAAGGCUACAUGGACAAUGCCAAGCUUUGGCCAGACAAGUUGGAUCCAUCUCUCGCUGCUGGCUUGCCCCACUUCGCUCAAAACUGGGCGCGCUGCUGGGGACGUGACACCAUGAUCGCCAUGCGAGGUCUUCUCACGUGUACUAGCCGUUACGAAGAAGCCAAGGAGCAUCUUUUCUGCUUCGGCAGCUUGGUCAAGCACGGCAUGAUUCCUAAUCUGCUCAACUCCGGCACUCUUCCCCGGUACAACAGCAGAGACUCCGUCUGGUUCUUCCUGCAGAACAUUCAAGACUAUGUCGCCAUGGCUCCAGAAGGUCUCAACUUCCUCCAAGAACCCGUGCGGCGUCGCUUCCUGCCGUACGAUGAUACCUGGUUCUCAUGGCACGACCCACGCGCCUACUCGCGGUCCAGCACUACCGAGGAGAUCAUCCAAGAAAUCCUCCAGCGUCACGCCAGCGGCCUGCACUUCCGCGAGUACAACGCCGGCCCAGAGCUUGACAGUCAGAUGAAGUGGGAAGGCUUCAACAUUGACAUCGACGUUGAUUGGAAGAAUGGCAUCAUUUAUGGUGGCAACGAAUGGAAUGCCGGAACCUGGAUGGACAAGAUGGGUGACUCCGUCAAAGCCGGCAACAAAGGACAUCCAGGCACUUGCCGUGAUGGUGCACCAGUGGAAAUAACCGGUCUGCUGUACAGCGCCUUGCACUGGGUUGAUGGCCUGCACAAGGCUGGCAAGUUCAAGUUCGAUGGCGUCAAGACUCCCGAAGGCAAGCAAAUCACAUAUGGCCAGUGGGCCUCGUUGAUUCAAAACAGCUUCGAGCACCACUACUAUAUUCCUGCGGACGACAGCCAGUGGCAUCAAUACGAUGUCAAUCCAGCUAUUGUCAAUCGUCGCGGCAUCUACAAAGACAUCCACCGCUGUAGCAAGGAGUAUCGAGACUACCAGCUGCGACCGAACUUCCCCAUCGCGAUGACUGUCGCCCCCGAUCUUUUCGACCCCAAGCACGCUCUCGGUGCGCUCGAGUUGGCCGACAAAUACCUCCGCGGUCCGAUCGGCAUGGCCACGCUCGACCCGGCUGAUCAUGAAUACCAUCCCGACUACAUCAACUCUGAUGACUCCGACAAUUACCAGACAGCGCAUGGUCGCAACUACCAUCAAGGCCCGGAGUGGUGCUGGCCUACUGGGUUCUUCCUCCGUGCCUUGUUGCACUUUGACCUGAAGCGUCGUAAGACCAAGGAGGAGCGUAUCGAGGCCUUCCAGCAAGUGACGCAGCGCCUCAAAGGUUGCAAGGACCAAAUUCACAACAGCCCAUGGAGAGGUCUCACUGAGCUUACCAAUCGCAAUGGAUCUUUCUGCGCUGACUCGUGCCCAACCCAAGCCUGGUCCGCUGGAUGCAUAAUAGACCUCUACGACGACGCCAGCAAGCUUGGCGGUACCGACUUGCAAUAGACGAGAGGAUACACAGGACACUGAUUCGACACGACCGAAACGACAUCACGACGAUAAGAUGGUAGAACCGUUCAUGGCAAAAGUUUUCACUUGCACGCAAGUGGCGAUUCUGUUUCCUGUUUUCUGGUAGUACGAAUGGAGGAAGAAAAGGAGAAAGAAGAAGCAAGGCGCGGGAUAUCGCAGGAUGAGGAGUGAGGAUACAUUGCAUGGAAGUGGAGACUGCGUUGUCCUGCCUAGAACCACCUGUGGUGAUGAGUGAUACCUACUGGCCAGAUAACCUACACUAAUAGACUGUUGCUUUCCUACC